CGAUCAUGGAGAGAGAGAGAGAGAUGGCUCCUUUCGGCUCUGAAUCAAAGAGAUGCAGAUAGAAAAUUCAGGCGAAGAACAUUAAUGCAGCGCAGCAAUUUCCAGAGAGGAUAAACUGACAUUUUGAAACAACAAAUGAAAGCUAUUGUUGUUGUUAUUAGCUUGGGAUCCUACGAACAAAGAGAUUGACGAUGACUGUGAAAUUAAACACUUUGGUAAACAGGAUUUCAAUUUCGGGAGUGCUGCAAUAAGUUAUGUUUCGGGUAUUUGAAAUGGGAGCAUGUUUAGUCUAAUUACUGAUGAUUUGCGAAUUCAGUUGGAGUUGGAGGGAGAUACUUUUCAAAAAUUAAGGGUUUUUAUAUGGUUUAGAUGUGAUUUGGGAUUAGGGUUUGUGUAUUUGUAGAUUAGAAUUUGAAUAAUUUGGGAAUUUGGUUUUGGAGGGAGAGUUAGUUGGAAGUUUAACAUGUGAUUUGAUUUCUUGAUCCGUACUGAAAACCUAAUUAGGGGUUUCGUCAUGUGGAUUGCUGUUGAAUGAUCGGAUUUCAUUCUGGAAGAUGGGUUUUUGUAGAUGGAUCAAAACCCUAAUUUUGUUGGAUGAUUUAGGGGUUUGAUGUUUUUUAGUUAAGAAAGAAGUUGAUAAUGUUGUGGGUGUUUUAGGAAUGUUUUGUGUUAAGAAAUGCAACCACCACAGAAGCAUUCAUGGAUCAAUCUUGCUGAACUGAAAGAUCAGUUAACCAGAAAGCUUGGAUCAGAGAGAUCGAACCAGUAUUUCGAUUACUUAAAAAGGUUUUUGAGUUUAAAGCUGAAUAAGAUUGAGUUCAAUAAGCUCUGUUUAAGAACUCUUGGCAGAGAAAACAUCUCGUUGCAUAAUCAGUUAAUUCGUUCAAUUCUAAAGAACGUCUGUAUUAGAAAAGUCCAACCAUUAAGACACGAUGAUCAUUCAACAACAGUUGGAAAUAACAAGUUCUCCGAUGAAGUUUACCACGAAAAUGGAUACGUUCCAGUUGUAACUCAGGCUUCAACUCCCCUUCCACCUUCUUCCCAAAAGGUUGCUGUAAAUACCAAGUAUUCGACUGAAUCUUUAGGUAGAAACAGCGGGAAAGAGGUGUUCGCCAGGACUUCACUACACGCUCCACUCGGGAUUCCACAUCUGGUCCGCAAGGCAUCAUCUUUGGGACGUAAUAGUAAAUUUCUUGGUAUUUUGGAUAUCAAUGGAUUGAGGGGCCGUAUGGAGCAGCUUGCAGCAACACAAGGCCUUGAAGGAGUGUCGAUUGAUUGUGCCAGUGUGCUUAACAACGGAUUGGAUGCUUAUUUGAAGGGGUUGAUACGAUCUUUUGCUGAACUUAGCGGGGCAAGGAAGAAUAUUUCCAUCGAGCCCCACGCUCAUUUGAGGCCCUGCAACGGUCUUAGACCUCGUCAUCACUAUCAAUUAGAAACUAGAAAUUGGUCUUCGGAGACGAUGCAAGAAAAAGAAGGCAACCGCCCAAUAUCUUUGGUAGAUUUUACGGUUGCCAUGGAACUCGACCCUCGGCAGCUCGGGGAACAUUGGCCCAUACUACUUGAGAAGAUAUGUACACAUGCUUUUUAGGAAUAAAAAGUUGUCCAUUGUAACGAACACCACAUUUGUCAGCAACAAAUACUGGGUUCGUUUGGUUUGGUUUCAACAUAACGGAAUUGAAGACGAAUCCUCAUCUUUGGUUGCUUUGUUGUAUGAUUAGCAUGUAUUUCUCAAUAUUCUUCUGUUUUCUUUGUAAUCGAGUCGAUGAGUUUAUAUAGAACAGUUUUGC